CACUUCACCUGUUUGAUGGACAGGUUGAAUGAGCAGCGCCUCUUCCAGCCCGACCUGUGUGACGUCGACAUCGUUCUGGUGCACCAUCAUAGCACCUUCCCGGCUCACAAGGGCGUGCUGGCGGCCUACAGCCCUUUCUUCCACUCUCUCUUUGUCCAGAGCAAGCAGCUGCGGCGUGUGGACCUGUCGCUGGACGCCCUGACCUCUCAGGGCUUACAGCAGAUCCUCAACUUCAUCUACACCUCUAAGCUGCUGGUUAGUGGCAGUACGGUUCGGGACGUGCUCAACGCUGCCACCCUGCUACAGAUGAGUGACAUCGCAGCUUCCUGCCACAAUCUAAUAAGCAGCCACUCCCUGCGAACCACCUGCAGAGACAUGGCCAAUCAGGAGGAGCCAGCUGCUUUUGCCAUGACUCCCAACCAGCUGUACCAGGAGAUCAAACAGGAGUCAGAGCUUGGCAGGGUGUACACUACAGAGGGCAGCAGUCCAUUCUCUGUCAGGGUGGAGGAGUUGGGAAAGUUGGCCUGUCAUACUAAACCGUACUACCAAAAGGAAGGGGGUUCAGUGGGCGUGGCUAACUCAGGCGUGGCUGGUUUGUGUAAAGUGGAGGCCAACGGAGAGGAGUCAAAGACGGCAGACAGUCACUCCUCCUUCAACAGAGAUCAGAUCAUUGUUGAAGUCAACCUCAACAACCAGACUCUUAAUGUCUCGAAGGGAUCAGAGGGAAAAUCUGCCACAGCUACAGAGUCCAUGUUUGGUUGUUGCCAUAACAACAAGCAAGGCUCAGAGGAUGAUGAGGACAAUGAAGUGGAGAAUAAUGAAGCUGGGGAAAAGGAUGCUGAAGACCUAAAGAGGGGUGACAUGCUGGGGCAAAGCAGUGAGGAGGAGGAGGAUGAAGAAGAAGAAGAGGAGAACACCCUUAACAUUCCAGGAUUAGAGCAACCCAUCCUUCUGGAUCGUCUUCGCCGAGGCACCAGAGCCUUGACCAUGGCAGCCACUAUGCGACAGACAUUGGCAGAGGCCCCGCUGACCAACCGAAGGCAGAGCGGUAGAGGGACACAGGACGUAGAGGGCCCAGGCCAAAAGGUGAGGCUGGAGGAGAAGCAGCACUUCGCAUGCAAGAAGUGCCCCCGCAUCUUUAACAACCGCUGGUACCUGGAAAAACACAUGAACGUCACUCAUAACCGCAUGCAGAUCUGCAACAACUGUGGGAAAAAGUUCCUGCUGGAGAGCGAGCUGCAGCUGCACCAGCAGACGGACUGUGAGAGGAGCAUCCAGUGUGUGACGUGCGGCAAGGCCUUCAAGAAGCUGUGGUCGUUACACGAGCACAACAAGAUCAUCCACGGCUAUGCAGAGAAGAAGUUCUCAUGUGAGAUUUGCGAGAAGAAGUUUUACACCAUGGCUCAUGUCAGGAAGCACAUGGUUGCUCAUACAAAGGAUAUGCCGUUCACCUGUGAGACGUGUGGCAAGUCGUUCAAGCGCAGCAUGUCCCUGAAGGUUCACUCUCUGCAGCACUCGGGGGAGAAACCCUUCAAGUGUGAGAACUGCAGCGAGCGCUUCCAGUACAAAUACCAGCUGCGUUCCCACAUGAGCAUCCACAUCGGACAUAAGCAGUUCAUGUGCCAGUGGUGCGGAAAAGACUUCAACAUGAAGCAAUACUUUGAUGAACACAUGAAGACACAUACUGGAGAGAAACCGUACAUUUGUGAGAUCUGCGGGAAGAGCUUCACCAGUCGGCCCAACAUGAAGCGCCACCGCCGCACCCACACGGGAGAAAAGCCGUACCCCUGCGAGGUGUGUGGCCAGCGCUUCCGCUUCUCCAACAUGCUCAAGGCCCACAGGGAGAAGUGUUUCCACAUCACCAACCCCCCGGUUCCCACCUGCAGCGUGCCACUCGGCCUCGACCGGCCCCUUGUCUCCAGGGCCGUGGACCCCUCUGCUCAGGUCCAGCUGGUCAAGCCGACCUCUGCCUCCAGCCCCCAGCUCCUCCACACCAACCAACUGUCUCUCCCCCUACUGCACUCCAUGGGGGGGCUGCCUCCUGCCUCACAUUUACCCCCACCUCCUCCCUUGUUCUCUGCUGGUAGGAUGAACUCUAAUAACUAA